AUCCGACGGUCAUGCAAGUGUAAGUUUCUUUUGUCUUCUGUACAGGGCAACGUGUAUUUGGUUGUGUCUUUCGUCAACAGAAUCAAGGAUAACGCUGGGAUGCUCUCUAACUUCGAGGUCUUAGAUUUUCUCUCCGAGUCCCAGCAAAAAUCUCAAGGGAAAAGACCCAACGGACGAGGCCAAAACCUGGCCACCGUCACUUACGAGACUACAGAAUAUCUCUCAAAGACGCCGGCUGCUGUCCAGAAUCCAACAUGUAUUGAGAAUUUCUUGAAGGCAAUUGCACCAUUCAAUCUCACAAAAGCAGAAAAGUUGCAACUAGUGAAUCUGAGGCCGAUGUCUCAAGUUGAGUUGCAGUUGAUAAUAGAGGAGAUUGAUGAACGUUUUUCAGACAAUAAAAUUGAAGAGAUUUUGGGAAUAGUUUCUUCCGAGCUUCCACCUUCUUCACCCCCUAAUGACGAAAACCCUGUUGGUUCAGAUCACCAAUAAACUU